AUGCUUAUGGGUGCGAUCGAGAAGCCGUGGCUGUCGGAGAAGGACAGGAUGAUAUUGAUUUCGCAUUGGAUCGUCUACUUCAUUGCCUUCCUGGGGAUCGCGGGGAGCGCGAUCCGCUGCUAUUUCGCCUAUGUGCAGACGCCCGUGCUCGGGAACGUCUGCCUCGUCAUGGAAGACAACUUCGACACGUUCGACACGGACAACAAGUGGAUGCGUGAGGUCAGCAUGAGUGGAUUUGGCAACGGCGAAUUCGAGAUGACGACCGCGUCUGAAAACAACUCCUUCGUGCGCGACGGCCGGCUCUACCUCGUGCCCACGCUCACCUCAGACGUGAUCGGGACCGCGAACAUCUUCAACGGACACACGUUCAACCUCACCGGCUGCACGGACGCGAACCAGACGAGUUGCGGGGCCGUCUCGAACGACACGCUCGGGACCGUCAUACCCCCCGUCAUGAGCGCGCGGGUGCACACUCGGCAGCCGUACUCCAUCAGGUACGGUCGCGUCGAGAUCUCCGCGAAGCUGCCCCGUGGCGACUGGCUCUGGCCCGCGCUGUGGAUGCUCCCCGUUAAUGACACGUAUGGCGCGUGGCCGGCGUCGGGCGAGAUCGACAUCAUGGAGGCGCGCGGGAACGGCGUCGACUACCCAGCACAGGGCAUCGACUACGUGCGCGGCUCGCUGAACUGGGGCCCGUUCUCCUGGCUGAACGGGGUGAGCAAGACAUUCGGCUGGUGGACGAACCGGCGCAAAACCUUCGCGGACGGCUUCCAUACGUACGCGCUCGAGUGGAGCCCGGACUUCAUCCGCAUCUACGUCGACUCGCGCCUCACGUACAUGCUCAUGCUCAAGUUCAACGAGCCCUUCUUCGACCGCGGCGACUUCCCUGCGACAGUCGCGAACGGCUCGCAGUUCAUCGAGACGCCGAACCCGUGGGCGCACGGCACGAAGAACGUCGCGCCGUUCGACCAGCCGUUCUACCUCAUCAUGAACGUCGCCGUCGGGGGCACGAAUGGGUGGUUCCCCGACGGCGCGGGAGGCAAGCCGUGGUUGGACGGCUCCUUGACGGCGAUGCACGAGUUCGCGAAAGCGCAGGACACAUGGUCUGCUACGUGGCCGGAGGACGUCGAGGACAGGGCCCUCGUGGUCGACUCGGUGAAGAUGUGGGAGCUGUGUUAG